AUGGCGGCGGCGCUGGGGCUGCGGCGGAGCGGUGGCCGCGCCUCAGUCCCGCUGUUGACGUUCCCGCUGCUGAGAGCGGCCCUGGGGCUCCCGGUUUGCAGGUGGAAAUCAUCAGUCAGUUUUCUUACUCGACCAGAUCGACCAAAUCUAGCCUACCGUAAGCUGAAAGGCAGGAAUCCAGGGGUUAUUUUCCUUCCAGGCUUGCAGUCAAAUAUGAAUGGUCAGAAAGCAACUGCCCUUGAAGAUUUCUGCAGCAGUCUAGGUCACGCCUUCGUCAGGUUUGAUUAUACAGGAUGUGGAAGUUCACAGGGGAACUUUGAGGAGUGUACGAUUGGGAAAUGGAGAAAAGAUGUUCUGUCUAUACUGGAUGAACUUACAGAUGGACCACAGAUUCUAGUGGGCUCCAGCUUAGGAGGAUGGCUGAUGCUUCAUGCUGCAAUAGCACGCCCAGAUAAAGUCGCUGCUCUAGUUGGAGUAGCUGUAGCAGCAGACCAUCUUGUGACAGCUUUUAAGAGGCUUCCCAUUGAGGUACAGAAAGAAAUAGAAGAGAAAGGUGUAUGGAAGUUUCCAACAAAGCAUAACGAGGAAGGAUAUUACUCCUUGACCUACGACUUCAUUAAAGAAGCAGAAAAUCACUGUCUGCUCAAUAGCCCUAUCCCUAUAAUGUGUCCCAUCCGUCUUAUUCACGGCAUGAAGGAUGGGGACGUCCCUUGGCAGAUCUCUAUGCAGGUUGCUGAUCGUGUUCUGAGCAAAGAUGUGGAUGUCAUCCUCCGCAAAGCCGGCCAACAUCGAAUGAGUGAGAAGGAGGACACAAAACUUCUUGUGAAUACCGUUGAUGAUUUAAUUGACAAGUUGGCAACGCUAACAUAAUCUGCAGAGUAGCACGAAUAGAUGAAGCCUACACCUGACUCUCUUCCAUCAGUAGCAGAAACCCUGUUCUCACUGAGAUUAUUCUAGUGGCGUGACUAUCACAGUAGGAACAGAGCUCUAUCUGCUGUUUCCUUACCUCUGUUUUGUAAAUAUAGAUAUAUAUUUUUUUUAAUGCUGCAUUUGCACAGAUAGACCAAAAUGUAAGGAAGUGCUGCUGCUGGGUAUAGAACCUCUGCUUUACCUCUUAAAUCUUUUUUUUCACGAGCUUCCUACCCUUUUGUACUGAAAUGCUCAUUCAGUUUUGUUACUGUUGACCUUGUACAGUACAAUUUCCCAUGUUUUUGAUGCUGUUUCAGUACAGUUGUUUUCCUAUAAUGUUGUAUUUCAUCCCUCUGUGCAAGGCAAUGCACGAUUUAAGUGUUUACUGAAUUUGCUGAUAUUAGAAAUAGUGAACAAUAUGAAGUAAACAGACUCUUCAUCACU